UAAACCCAAAAAAAAUCGCUUAUUUUAAAAACACCCAUCAGAAAAAGCAAAAACUCGAAGUCACCAAUAUGGAGCUUUCAAAAGCUGCUUAAAAAAAGAGCCGGUUUUCUCAUUAAUGAAAGUUUCAUUAUCCCUAUAAUACCCCUAAGUAUUUCACAGAAUGACAACGUUUGACCCUCUCACAAAAUAGAUCUUACGACCUUCACACUCUCUGACCUUCACUCUCACAGACUGCUCUUCUCACUAUUCUUCUUCUUCCUCCCCCUGCAUCUCAAAAUUCCAUCUCAAUCAAGGACGUUAAUUGCCAACAACAAUCAGCUACUCAUCAGCUCCUCGAAGCUUCUUUUAGAGCUUUCCCUUUCUUUGGGCAAACUGACUUUGGAUACAAAGAAGACCAAGCAGCGGCUGUCAUACCUGGUUUAUUUGACAAUAUGGACAAGCCAGAUGAUGAAGAUGCGGAGAUUAACCUAUCUAUAUGCGCUUGUGCACGAGCAAUUGAAUUAUAUUAUCUGAAAUAUAUUCAUAAAAAUCCUUGUAUGGAUUCUCCACAAACAGGUAAUAUUUGGUUGAUGGAAUUAUUACAUGGGAAUGAUAGGCGAUGUCAUACCAUGUUGAGGAUGGACAAAGAUGUAUUUUACAGAUUAUCUAAUGAGUUGCAAUCUAAUUAUGGGUUAAGGGGUUCUAGGAAUAUGAAUUCCAUUGAGAUAUUGGGAAUGUUUGUACACAUGCUAGGACAUGGUGUGGGGAAUAGGUUAGCACAAGAAAGAUUUCAAUACUCGGGUGAGACAGUGAGUAGAUAUUUUAGUUACAUGUUGGAUGUUGUAUGUCGUAUGGCAAUGGAUGUCAUCAAACCGAUGGAUCGUGAAUUUAGUGAUAUUCCACAAGCAAUAUUGGGAGAAUCUAGAUAUAUGCCUCAUUUUAAGGAUUGUAUUGGGGCUAUAGAUGGAGUACAUGUUCAAGCUUCAAUACCACCUCAAGAUCAAGUACCUUAUAUUGGUAGGAAAGGGAUGCCAACUCAAAACGUUAUGGCCGUAUGUAACUUUGACAUGCAAUUUAUAUUUGCAUGUGCCGGGUGGGAAGGCACUGCACAUGAUACAAGAGUGUUUCUUUCGGUUCUACGCAAUGAAAAUUUAAAUUUCCCUAAGCCUCCAAGUGGGAAAUAUUAUUUAGUAGAUGCAGGGUACCCACAGAUGAGAGGUUAUUUGGGACCAUAUAAAGGCGAAAGGUAUCAUCUCCCGGAUUUUCGUAGGGGAAGCCAACCAACGGGUUAUAAAGAGGUAUUCAAUCAUGUUCAUUCUUCUCUUAGGAGCGUUAUUGAAAGAACCUUUGGAGUAUGGAAGAAAAGAUGGAAAAUUUUAAGAGAUAUGCCUAAUUAUCCAUUCAACAAGCAAGUGAAGAUAGUCAUUGCUACAAUGACACUUCAUAAUUAUAUAAGGAGGCAUGCCCAACGUGAUAGACAUUUUGAUGCUUCAAAUGAUAUCUUAAGUGAAGAGAUAGGUGAGGAUGUUGAUGUACAACAAGAACUUCAUAGUCUUCAUGACAAUGGAACACAAGAGAUGGAAGCAUUGAGAAAUAGCAUCGCUACAAGUUUAAUGAAUGCAUCUAAUUAGCUUCUUUUAUAUUGUAGUGAUCUAUUUGGGCAUGUUAAAAUUGAACAAUUUUUGUAUAUUUGUUAUGCUAACCCUCUUCGAAGCCCUCAAAACACAUUGUUAUUAUUAAUAUAACAAGCAUUUAGAACUA